AUGGACCUGCCGGGCGAGUUUCCGUACCUGAGGGGCAUUCACGAAACAGGCUACCGGGGCCGUCUCUGGACUUUCCGCAUGUUUGCCGGGUUCGGCCGUCCGCAGGAAACGAACGAGCGGUUCAGGUUCCUGCUGGAUCAGGGACAGACCGGUCUCAGUGUUGCCUUCGACAUGCCAACGCUGUACGGCUACGACACCGACGACCCGCGCGCGUUCGGCGAGUUUGGGACCUGCGGCGUCGCCGUGUCGUCGCUGGCCGACAUGGAGACGCUGUUCCACGGGAUCCGGCUCGACGGCAUCACCACCUCAAUGACCAUCAACGCGCCCGCGGCAAUCAUCUGGGCAAUGUACCUGGCUUUGGCCGAAAAGCAGGGCGCAUCGCUGGACAAGAUCGGCGGAACGAUCCAGAACGACAUCCUCAAGGAAUACAUGGCCCAGAACGAGUACAUCUUCCCGCCGCAGCCGUCGAUGCGGCUGGUUACCGACACGGUUGAGUUUGCUGCCAGGCACGUCCCACGCUGGAACCCGAUCAGCAUCAGCGGCUACCACAUCCGGGAAGCCGGUUCAAACGCGGUGCAGGAGCUGGCGUUCACCUUGGCCGACGGGUUCGAGUACGUAAGGCACGCCCAGGAGCGAGGCCUGAACGUUGACGACUUUGCUCCAAGGCUGAGCUUCUUCUUCAACGUGCACAACAACUUCUUCGAGGAGAUCGGCAAGUUCCGGGCGGCCCGCCGGAUCUGGGCGCAGGAGAUGCGCGACACCUUCGGCGCUACCGACAGUCGAUCGCACAAGCUGCGAUUCCACGCCCAGACCUCGGGACAGUCGCUGACGGCUCAGCAGCCGGACAACAACGUGGUCCGAGUUUCGUUGCAGGCCCUUGCCGCUGUCCUGGGCGGCUGCCAGUCGCUGCACACCAACAGCAAGGACGAAGCCUGGGCGCUGCCCUCCGAGGAGGCCGCCCUGCAGGCCCUGCGCACGCAGCAGAUCAUCGCCCACGAGACCGGUGUUACUGAUACCGUGGACCCCCUCGGCGGCAGCUACUUCGUCGAGGUGAUGACCAAUCAAAUGGAGGAGGGCAGCUACGAUUACUUCCGCCGCAUCGAGGACGUGGGAGGGGUGGUCCCGGCACUGGAGUCCGGGUUCCUGCAACGGGAGAUUGCCGAGGCUGCGUACAUCUACCAAAUGGAGGAGGACCGCAAGGAGCGUAUCACCGUCGGCGUGAACGAGUACAACACCGGCGAGGAGGCCGACAUCCCUCUGCUCCGGGUGGACCGGGAGGGAGAACGGUUGCAGAUCGAGGGCAUCAACGAGGUGCGGCGCAUCCGGGACAACCGGGACGUGGCUGAGAAGCUCCGUGCUCUGGAGUCGGCGGCCCGAGGGAACGAGAACCUGAUGCCGCCUUUGAUCGAAGCGGUGAAGUCAUACGCCACUCUCGGCGAAAUGAUGGACGUGUUCCGCGGGGUGUUCGGCGAAUACGAGCCCUCGUGGGCGUUCUAG